AUGGUUUUAUCCACCAGAGUGACAAUCCAGUGGCUUCCAGAAGAAGCAGAUGAAUUGACCAGCACCAUGGUGCUCAGCACUCCGAGAGAUCUUUUCACUGAUGUUAGGGUGUUCAAAGAUCAUUACCCGUACAAAAAGAGCAGCACAGUGGAGCCAAUUGAAGAGGUGUUUCAGUUUGUAUCCAUCGGAUGGGAAGAGGAAAUCAAAGGUACCAACAAAUUGAGAUUCCAUACUAGUGUGAACCUGCAAGAGAUUGUCAAGUCCGGAAGAACGGGCAAACCGCUUGAAGAGUGUCAAGCAGAGCCUGACAUCGGCGCGUUCUGGCCAAUCGAAGGAACAGAAGACCGCAAGGAGACAGGAGCAAUGGAGAACCCUGCUACCGGGAAAGUGACUGAGUAUGUCGAGGUGUGGCGGUCAUUGAACCCAGAAGAGACCGCUCCGAAUGAAGAGGUUAGGGAGGGCCAUUGGAAAGGAGACGAGCGUGAAGUCCGGGUGAGGGUAUUUGAUACUGAUUCAAAUGGAUUUAGUGGCCGAAUUGUCCGGUUGGGCAAUUGGGUGCAAGGAGUUCUUUUUGAGACCGGUGCAGAGUAUCCAUUGAGUGUGAUGCGCAGCUUUUACAAUGAGACUUCGGGUGAAUGGACAAGCCUUAUUGAAUACGGUGAAAGGGAAUUUCCAAACAUUUAUAAAGAGUGGGAGAUCAAUCAAGAGGACGCCAACGGCAUCAUCUGGAAGAGAGUGGAGUAA